AAAAACAAAAAAAAACAGCCUCUGAUAUUUGGUCCUCACAUCUACGUUUCCAUAGCAAUUUCGUCUGCUGAAGAAGAUCACGUGACAUAAUUGAAAGCUGCUACUUAACUCCGGGGGGGUGGGACUGUGAAAAAUCAAUGAGCGCGAUUGAUAAUGAAGCUGUUGAAGUGAGGGUUUGUUGUUCGGACGUUCUCAGCAUGAGAGUUUGCUUUUAAUGGCUUGAAAACUCAGACUCAGCAAACAGGAAGUGGUGAAGGGGAUUAUGGGAAAUGUAGUGAAGGCUUGUGUACAAAGCUGCAGAACAUGUGAGUGUUCAGCAGCAUCUUUAGUCCGUCGGUAGCUGGCAGCAUCUUAAUGACUGGAUUUGUCUCCAGUUUCCUUGCUGUCAGAGCUCCAGAGAGAGUCUACGUCACACCGUUCAGCAGAUGGAGAGGAGGAAGAGGGGGAGGGUAAGGCAGGGAAAUAGAGAGGGAGAGAGGGAGGGGAGGAGGGAGCUGCAUGUCUCUCCUGCAUCAGCGCCAACAUCACAGCCACGCCAGCUUUCGUCACCGGAAAACAACGACGAAGAGCUUCGCACAACAGAGGAAGAAAAAAAUACCAUCAUCAUCAUCAGCAGCUCCUCCUCCUCCUCCUUCUCCUCCACCAGACGUGUGUCCACAGAUCAGGCCAAGACGGCAACAACAAAUAUCUCCCCCCCCCCCGUAAAGGAAAAUCUCCCACAGGCAUGACCUGAGGAGCAUCAUCGACAUGGGCAACCAGGAGGCAAAGCACAAGAAAGCUGCCGCUGCAUCGGGGAAUGGAAGCUACCCUUCACUGGAUGAAGGAUGGAGAGAGGGAGGGGAGGUGACAAAAAAGGGAGGAAAGAAACUCCAGGGUAAGCAUGGAGGUAAAGGAGCAGGCAACAGUGGAGGAGGAGGAGGAGGAGGAGGAGGGGUGCAUGGCUCAGGACCAGGCAAGAAGAAAAACAAACCAGAGUCCAAGUCGUCCGUCUUCUCCAUCCGCAAGAGGAAGAACAACCUGAGAGGAAAAGGAGACGCGUCAGUGACGGGCUCGAGGGAGGACGUCCUCACGUCCCAACAUGACGAACUGGACACAACAAAAACACCGGAUCUGUCCGCGGACGAGCUCGGACACUCAGACACCGAGGCAGCUCUCCCUGAGAAGAAGAAGAAGAAGCAGCAGCAGCAGCCGGGAGGUAAGGAUGGAGAUGGAGGUGGAGGAAGACAGGAGCCGAGACAGGAGGUGCAGAGGAAGACCUCAACAGCAGCCACCUCACCCAUGGAGGAGGGAGGACACAAAGGAGGCAGCUCUGGGUCAGACACGGACAUUUACAGCUUCCACUCGGCGGCCGACCACGAGGAUCUGCUCGCUGACAUCCAGCUGGCGAUCAGGCUGCAGCAUCAGCAGCAGGGGGCAAUGGUCUCACAGGGAGGGGGGGAGAAAGAUGUCAGCUGGGGGGGAGGAGGAGAGGAGAAGAGGAGGAAGAGCAAUGGAGUCAUCAAAGUUAAUCCUCCUGAGGUGCCCGACCUGACCCAGGAGUUAGAGGUGGCGUCUGACGCCCUGUCAUUCCUUGAGACGGGAACUCUUUCAGACUCUGCACCUCCAACACUAUGCCCUCCCUUCUCCACGGAGGUGCAGGAGAGGAGGGAGGAGGUGGAAAAGGAGGAGGAGGAGGUGGAGGAGGCGGAGCAUCUGGAGCUAAACGGGCAGGGACAGAGUGAGAGAGAAACCCCUCUUUGUGUCGCCACUGGCACAAAAGAGCACACUCCGCUACAGCAGCCCCCUCACAUAGCCGUCACCAUGGCUACAGUGGGAGGGGCAGCAGUCAGCCCGGUCGCCGUGACAACCAGUGGCAACAGCUUCCCCGAUGACACAUUGGCUGUUGCGGUGGAACACCCGGGGGAGGAACAAGAAGCAGAGCAGGAGGAGCAGGAGGAGCAGGAGGAGCAGGAGAAGCAGGAGUCAGUGGUGGACGUGGAUAUCAGUCCUCCACCUGCUAAUAGCCGCCACACCAGCACCGAGGCCUCCAACGGGCUCGGGUCCAGAAUCCUCUAUGAGGAAGGUGAGGUUCACUUGGGGUCAGGUACGAGCGUGGAGUCCCUCGAGGACUGCCUAAGUGCUGGUUCUGACCACAACCACUCGGCAGCCAGCACCAGUGCCUCCCCCUCCACCCAGCAGUGCAGGAGGAGGAGCAGCAUCUGCUUCACACCACCGACUCCCCAGGAGAGUCCCACUCUUGCCAAAAGACUCCUCAGGUCCACCCAAUCCUCCACCUCCCCUGGCCCUGUGGUGAAACCCUACCCUCCCAUCUUCCCCUCCUACAUAAAGACCACCACCAGACAGCUCAGCUCCCCCGGACACUCCCCCGCCCUGUCCCCAUCCCACAGCCCCGUGUCCCCACGCAGAGUCCACCAUCACCUCCACAGGGCGAUGGCGGAGGGUCAGCAGGUCCGUCGGCAGCGCUCUCGGAGUCUGACCAGGCGUCUCAGCCGCUCGGCCGACUGGACAGGGGAGCAGGACAGGAGAUGGAGGAGCAAAGAGGACGACGGAGAAGGCUCCCGUGGUUCCGGAGAGUAUCUGGACACCUACAGAGGUGGAGGCAGCCAGCCUUUAUGUGCCACCAGAAGAUCUUCCUGUGGACAGAUGUCCACCUGUGGCUUUCAGGAUGUCUUUACAGGGCGAACCCUGCUGGAGAAGCUGUUCCUGCAGCAGCAGCAGGAGGAGCCGGAGGAGGCAGAGAGGCUCUGCUCCAGGAUCUUGGCCAUGGGUCUCCUGCUGCCCUUCACCGACUGCUUCAGAGAGCAGCUGGGCGGCAGCACACCCCACAUCACCACCGCGCCGGCAACAAAGUUUGACCAUGACCAGUUGUAUACGUGGGCGGCCGUUAACCAGCCGUCACAAUCACUGGACCUACUGGACCUGAAGCCUCUUGGACAGCUGAAGACCAAACCCGGUUCAGACUCCAGGACUGGACUCAAACCCGCAGACCCUGCAUUCGUUGAGGACAAUCAAGAGCACCAAGCACCCGCCAUGCAACUACAGCAGCAGCAGCAGCAGGAGACCUCAGAGAGUUCAGAGGAGGAACGUGUCCAACCGCCAUCGAAGCUGAAGGAGAAACACGCAAACGUCAUCCAGCAGCUGGAGCAGACCAUCGAGGACCUCAGGACGAAGAUCGCAGAGCUGGAGCAACAGCCCCCUCUGCUGGACAUUACCAAACCCAGCACCUCCACCACAGAUAGGGAGUGUGGAGGGGAGGAGGGUCUGCUGAGGGUGGUGUGUGACGCCCAUCUGCAGACGGAGGCUCAGCUUGCUGUGGGCGUCCUGGAGGCCAAGUCUGUGCAGACCUCGCCCAUGGACGACAGCUUUAAGUUCAAAGUGCCUUGUAGUGAAGCAGGUGGUGUAGACGGGUCUCAGCCUCUGCCCACUCAACAUGGCUUCCAGUGUUCGUGUCAGCAGCCGCCGCCUCCUUCUGCGUCUCUGCCACCACCUCCAGGAGGAGCAGCAACUCCUCAUCCGGGACAGUCUGUGGUACCUCCUCCACCUCCUCUACCACCUGGUUCAGCACUUCCUCCUCCACCUCCUCCUCUUCCUGGAGGUCUUAUCCCACCACCGCCACCACCUCCUCCUCCUCUCCCUGGUGGCACGGCUCCACCUCCACCACCACCACCUCCUCCUCCUCCUCUUCCUGGAGGCCUUGUCCCACCUCCUCCUCCACCACCUCUCCCUGGUGGCUUUGGAGCUCCUCCUCCUCCUCCUCCAUUACCAGGACUUGGAGGCCCACCUCCUCCACCACCACCACCUCCUCCUCCUCCAGGUUGUGGUCCUCCUCCUCCACCUCCUCCUCCAGGGGUCACCUUUGUUCCUCCAGCUCUUCCUGGUAAUUUGGGCUCGCUGCCUCCUCCUCUGCCGUUCGGCUUGUACGCUCUGGGUUUGACUCAGGAGAAACCACCCAGGAAGGCAGUGGUGGAGCCGCCCAGACCCAUGAAGCCGCUCUACUGGACCCGGAUCCAGCUGCACACCAAAAAGGAGAUUUCUUCUUCUUCUUCGUUGGUGUGGGACACCAUCGACGAACCUGACGUGGACUUUGAGGAGUUUGUGGAGUUGUUCUCAAAAACUGCUGUAAAGGUGAAGAAGCAGCCGCUGUCCGACACCAUCACCAAGUCCAAGACAAAACAGGUCGUGAAGCUCCUGAACAACAAGCGCUCUCAGGCCGUGGGAAUCCUCAUGUCCUCGCUGCAUCUGGACAUGAAAGACAUCCAACACGCCAUCCUGAAUCUGGACAACACUGUCGUGGACCUGGAGACUCUGCAGGCUCUGUAUGAAAAUAGAGCCCAGCAGGAGGAGCUGGACAAGAUCGAGAAACACAUCAAGUCGUCUAAAGACAAAGACAACACCAAACCUCUAGAUAAACCUGAGCAGUUCCUCUUUCAGCUCUCGGUGAUCCCAAACUUCUCCAGCAGAGUUUUCUGCAUCCUCUUCCAGUCCAGCUUCUCCGAGUGCAUGUCCUCCAUCACCAGGAAACUGGACACGCUGCAGAGAGUUUGUCAGACCUUACAGGACAGUAAGACGGUGAAGACGAUCCUGGGUCUGGUUCUGGCCUUCGGUAACUUCAUGAACGGUGGGAAUCGAACCAGAGGCCAAGCUGACGGCUUCAGCCUCGAUAUCUUGCCCAAACUGAAAGACGUCAAGAGCAGCGACAGCAUGAGAAGUCUUCUGUCUUACGUCGUUGCCUACUACCUCAGACACUUUGACGAGGACGCCGGCAGGGAGACGUGUGUGUAUCCACUCCCUGAGCCUCACGACUUGUUCCAGGCUUCACAGAUGAAGUUUGAAGACUUUCAUAAAGAUCUGACACGACUCAGGAAGGACCUCAGAGCUUGUACGUCGGAGGUGGAAAAGGUUUGCAAUGUCUCAGAUGAGGAAAAUCUGCAGCCGUUCAAGGACCAAAUGGAGGAGUUCCUGUCACAAGCUAAAAGUGAACUGGAGACACUGGACACUCAACUCAGCAGCACUCACAAACUGUUCCUGGAACUCUCCGUGUUCUUCUCAGUGAAGGCAAAGGCAGGAGAGAAGGAAGUGUCUCCAAACACCUUCUUCUGCCUGUGGCACGAGUUCUCCUCAGACUUCAAGGACCAGUGGAAGAAAGAGAACAAAACCAUUCUCAAGGAGAGGUUGAAGGCAGCAGAGGAGAGCUUCCGUCAGGCCAAGGAAAAAGCUUCCUACAGCGUCAAACCUAAACACGCCUCUGGCAUCAAAGCAAAGCUGGGUAUGAAGAUCUGAUACUUGUCGUGAUUAUUUUCCACUUGUGGACACCAGCAGCGAGUCAAAGACAAGACAAUGGACAGGAGAGAUGCCAUGCAAACAUGAACAUCGUGUACCAUGUGUGGGGCCGAGGCUUCUCUGGACAUCCUGUUUAAUAUUUAUUGAUUUGCAGAUGAUCAGUUUGUUUUCUUGUUGCCUUAUGUUGCUGUUCUCUCUAGCUGCAAACACAGUCCUAGUCCUGCUGAAGACCUGUCAGGCUCCAGGAAUCAUGGACAUCUUUAACAUUCAUUAUACAUCAGCUGGAAAACACACUGAACUCACUGUCUGUGAGCUCAGAAGAACCUUCAGCAGAAUGUUCAAGUCAAACAAGAGGACCUUGAUGUUUGAGGAGCACUUUAUCUCCUGAUUGUGAUCUCACAAAGUCACCACAAGCUCAGCAUGUCAUGUGACAUGACUCAGUAUUAUAUAUUAUUAUUAAUAUUGACUGUAACUUGAAUUUAAAUUGAAUUCCCUUAACCCUCACCAUCAGUAUUCCUGGGUCACUUUAGAAACUUGAGCUUGUUGGUGUGGCUCUUAACUCAUUGUGAUUUCUGGGUUUCAGGAACAUCACGGUGGUUCCAUAUUAAACACUUUAACAAUUA